AUGCCUGGAAUGGGAUGGAGGUGGCCUCUGAAGUUCCGACGGGUCCCGACCAGGAGCAAAGAUCUUGUGGGGAAGACAAUCCGCAUACGACUGGCGGCAGCAGAUGCGCCAGAGGGUAGGUGGUUCGGCAAAGAAGGACAAGUAUACUUCCAGGAAAGCCUUGACUGGCUGAAAUCUCAAGCGGAGGGCCAGGUUGUCUAUUGCCAGAUGUGGAGCAAGGACCAAUACGGCCGCGUUGUUGCCAUGCCAUAUCUUAAACCACGCAUACUCCCGGGGUUUAUUAUGAAGGGAAAGUGCCUGUCCAUCGAGAUGGUUCGAGCUGGAUGGGCUGAAGUUUACACUGCGGCCGGUGCGGUAUACGGCCACUUUGGCAAGGAUGAAUUUCUUCGCUUGCAGGGCGAGGCCCAAGCUGAACGUCGAGGAAUAUGGCAGAACGGGACUGAGCGUGAAUCGGCCGCUGAGUACAAACGACGGCUUGCGGCGGGUGGCAAGAGCGUAAAGGCCGAUGAUACGGAUGAUAUUCCAAUUUCGUCGGAAGACACACAAGAAUUGCAGACAAGGGGAUGGUUUCGACGAUGGUUUCGGUCACCGAGAUAA